AUGCGUAUGUCUAUAAUUUCCUCUUCGCACCAUCAUGAGAGACCACCGGACUAUCAUGAGAUACCACCGGACUAUUAUGAGAGACCACCGGACUAUCAUGAGAGACCACCGGACUAUCAUGAGAAACCACCACCGACAGAGAGUAAGGAGGGUGAUCCGCUGACGAACAUAGCGUGGAUAGCGCUAAGCGCUACAAGCACAUUGCUGGUGUUAAUAUUUAUAGCUGCGUGCAUCCGAAUUAUAAUCAUCGGGACAAGGCAAAAGACGCGCAACACGCAGCAGAGGAGGGUAUAUGUAGGAACUCGUGCUCGUCCGUCACUAGAACAGACGGAACCUACUAUAUAUGUCAGUCCCUCCAAUUUGCCACCACCUCCCAAAUAUGAGUGUAUGGCGCCGCCCAGCUACGAAGAGGUAGUCGGUGUGCAUUAUCCCGGCUGUCCACCCCAGCCGAUCACCCAGCCGAUCACAGCGGCGCUGGCGCACCACGCCACCGCCCCCCCAGCCCAAACCACCGGAGGAAACUCAAGGCAUAACGAGACAGCAGCGAAACCAGACACCGUCGUAACGGUAGCGACCGAAGACUCUAGAGCAUCGGUAACAGUGUCUUCUAGAUCAUGAUUUUUACAACAAUUUCCUUUAGUCUUAUAUAAAAAAAAAAAAACAAUCGAACAAUGUAUAUUCAAAUAUAAUAGCGAACGGAACUUAAAAAAAAAAGUUCGUUAAAAAAAGCUAAUUAGCAUAUUAACGUUAUUUCUAUUAAACGUUAUGUUUUUUUAUAAAAAAUAAAUAAAAAAAUUGUGACCAUAUUAGAUUUAACAAGAUGUAAUUUUUUAGAUUAAAUCAAAAGAUUAUUUAAGACGUAUUCGAAGCAAUGCGAUUGCCUAAAAAUAUUUUUAGCGCAGUAUUUGCUCAGAGUCACUUAACCAAAGACAUAUUACAUUGCUAAAAGCAAACGCUUUUUGGCUGUAAUCAGACAAUAACGUUAAUUCCCAUCGUUAUAUUUAUGU